AUGGCGCGUGACUCAAACUCCGCCGAACCACGUUUUUGGAGGCUGGUCUUCGGUGAUAGGCGCGGCGAGAUGUCGACUCUAAUAAUAUCGUCACUGUUGUCUGGUGGCUUGGGUGUUCUUCUCGGUUGGGCUCUGGCCAGACGUUUUGCUGUGAGGCGGGUAAGUUGGAGAUAUGCGAUUGUUACGAGUUUUCUACAGCAUACAGUUAUCCCGUAUAAACCUCUCCCGGGAAAAAUGAAAUUGGUCUUGGUUGUGCGCACCGAUUUGAAUAUGGGAAAGGGAAAAGUCGCGGCCCAGGUAUGCUCUCACGCAACGCUCUGCUGCUACGAAUACGCGUUGGAGGAUUGCCCUGCCGUACUUCAAGCAUGGGAACGACAAGGCCAGCCAAAAAUUGUUCUGAAGGCGGGAUCUUUGGAAGAACUAGAAUCGCUAUCAGCCAAAGCUGAUUCGCUGGGCCUUGUGAAUGCUAUCAUUCACGAUGCAGGACAUACUCAAGUAGCUGAAGGCACCGCCACGGUGCUGGGUAUCGGCCCAGGUAUGCGAGUUCGAGCGUUCGGUGGCGGGGCUCGAACCUCGGACCAUAUUGUCCAAAACACACCGGUGACUGACUGCGCCGCAACCACCCCUGUAAAGGCAUUAAUCCUAGUUUUCCUUCUACUGAGCGAGUAA